AUGGAGGCCCUCCGCCAGAUGGAGGAGAGCAGGACGACGACGCCUGUGGUUGGCCCUGAGCCACGACCUGCGAUCAGGGAGUGGAGCUUGGAGGACUUUUUGAAGCACCACCCAGCAAAGUUUGAUGGGAAGACCAGUCCUGAUGCUGCAGACCAAUGGCUAAAGGACCUGGAGCGCAUCUAUGAUGCGAAGAUGUGCCCUGCAGAGAACAGGUUGGCGUUCUCAGUCUAUAUGCUCACGGGAGAGGCAGAGCAUUGGUGGAGCAGCACCAGAUCCAUCCUUGAGGAGAGGGAUGAGGCAGUGACAUGGGAAACCUUCAGGGAGAGAUUUCUCUCCGAGUACUUUCCAGACAGCAUCAGAUACGCCAAGGAGGUGGAAGUGAUGGAGAAGAUGAAGCGCGAGGUGGAGGGUCAGCGCCCACAGCAGCUGCAGCCGUCGCAGAGGAUAGGUGGACCAGCUGGGUCCAGGCCCAGACAUGAGGAGAGGAGGAUGCCAUAUGAUAGACCACACCAUCAGCCUCAGGAGUCUAGGAGCUUUCCUCCGCAGCAGGGUAGAGUUCGGUGUUACUCAUGUGGAGGACCCCACCCAAGGCAUGCUUGUCCACGUAGGGAGGGAUACCGUCGAUGCAACAACUGUGGCAAGGAAGGCCACUUUGGGAGAGAUUGCCCCAACCUUUCUAGGGCAGCGACACGCCCUCCAGUUCAGACACCCCAGCAGCAUCAGGGGAGGGACAAAGGCAACAGGCCUCAGGCGACGGGCAGAGUGUACGCCAUGUCAGGAGUUGAGGCAUCAGGCUCAGGUAACUUGGUUAUGGGUAGUUGCAUGAUAGCUAGUUCUUCUUGUUGUGUGCUAUAUGAUUCUGGAGCGACACACUCUUUUGUGUCUUUUGCUUGUGUGGAACGUCUGGGUUUGCUAGUGAGCGAGCUACAGUGCGAGCUCGCGGUGUCUACUCUGGCGUUGGGAUUGGUCACGACGUCGUCUUUGUGUGCUCGGUAUCCAGUGGAGGUAGAGGGACGCAGGUACAAGGUGAAUCUAAUCUGCUUGCCUCUGCAAGACUUGGAAGUGAUCUUAGGGAUGGAUUGGCUCUCUGCUAGUCGCGUCCUUAUAGACUGCCGAGAGAAGAGAUUGUUGUUUCCCGAUUCUGAGGAUCUCGAGUUAGUGUCCCCCCAGGGGGCGGUGAGGGAGAUUCAGAGUGGUGCGCAGUGCUUCAUAAUCUUCGCUCGUAUGGAGGUGGGAGAGAGAGAGAGAGACCAUCAGUCAUACCUGUGGUACAUGAGUUUGAAGACGUGUUUCCAGAUGAAGUACCAGGGUUGCCUCCCAGUAGAGAAGUGGAGUUCUCUAUUGACCUGGUACCAGGGACGGGUCCGGUAUCGAUGGCUCCAUAUGGCAUGGCUCCGGCAGAGUUGGUAG